AAACACACACACACACUCUCUUUUCCUCUCCUUUUCUUCCACCGCUUGCAGCUUCAGACAUUUGGGGAAUCCUGAAACGAGUUGUUCCCACAAAGAGGCAUUGCCAACUUAGUGUAAGUAGAAUCUGAAUGAACAGAGGAAACAGAAAGAGGCUGUUUCACUAAAAGCUUUGAUAUUCCUGCCCUCCCAUGUUCGCUCCUUCAUGUCUUUUGUUGUGGACACUGGCUGCGCUGGUUGGACACCUUGAGACAAUCUCAGUGGCUUUUUGAUUAUGGACAUAGAGACACUGUAGAGCCCUACACACUGCAUGAACACUCGACUUGCUGAUGGAAGUUGUGCAGCGGGACUGAUCGUCGAGUCGGAUCAAAGGGACACUCACUACUGGGGAGUGGCAGAAGAGUCACUGUCGUCUCCCACGGGCCUCGUCCCCAUGGACCUGCGUGUAGGCGAGCGUCUGGUGCGUCCAGGUUCGGACACGGCCUUCCUGUCCCCUCUGCACCCUCCUCUGCUGAUUGGUCCCUUCAAUCCGCAACACUGUUCCCAGUACAGCCAGCCACAGCUGCAGCAUAUACAGCAGUAUAACAUGGAGCAGCAUCUACGAGACCAGGAACAAGCGAAACAACAGCUACAGCAGCUCAAACACAAGGACAAGAGUCAACAGAGUGCUGUGGCCAGUGCGUUGGUGAAGCAGAAACUGGCGCAAGUGAUUCUGAAGAAACAGAAGCAGGCGGUCCUGGAGAGGACGAACUCCAACCCUCUGAGCAGCCCGUCGGUGGCCUACCGGGAGUUGGUUCCAGAUCCCAGCGCUCCCCUACAACCGCUCAUGUCCUCCACAAAACCAACUCUCAGAGAAGGACCUGACGAACCGCCCCUGAGACGAGCAAGUACGCCACCGUCCAACAUGCAUUUAAACGCCUCAGAGCCCAACCUGAAGGUGAAGCAUAAGUUAAAGAAACACCUGAACACCCGUAAGAGCCCACUGACACGCAAAGAGAGCGCACCGCCCACCGUCAAGCACCGCGCUCCUGAUACGCUGGAUUCGUCCCCGAGCAGCAGUAGCACUCCAGUAUCCGGCUGCAGCUCUCCAAACGACAGCCUGCCCAAUGAGAACGGAGCGCUGCCCGCUGCCGCCAGCCUGUCCCAUGAGGCUCAGAGGCUGCUGUUGCAGGACGGGUCUUUAGCUCACUUCACAGUGCAGAAUCCGUCCAGUCUGCCGACCAUCACGCUUGGCCUCCCCGCCAACACCAAGGCGGAGAGCGAGUUGGGCUCACUGAAGCUGGGUCGUGUGCCGGUGGUGCCAGGCGGUUCUCCACUGCUGGUUCCCUUGGGUGUGGAAGAGCAGACAGGACAGCUCAUGCAGCCCGUCCUCAUCCUGGAGCCCUCUGGACUCGUACACACCCCUUUGUUGGCCGUUCCAGGUCUGGGUCCGGUUCCCCUGCAGUUCAGUGCGUCUGGUCCUCAUAAGCCACUGAGCCGCACGCGAUCUGAGCCGCUGCCCCAGAGUCCCCGCGCCCUCCAUCCUCACCUGCUCCAGCAGCAGCAGCACAGUGCACAGCUGCUGGAGAGACUCAAACAGCAGACGCACCUGGGCAAGCUCAUGUCAAAGUCCAGCGAGAAGCCUCGUCUCCGGCAGAUCCCCUCAGAGGACAUGGACUCAGAGGAGGUGGGGCCAUCAGCCAGUGACGCCCAUCAGGGCAGGGUCAGGGCGGAGUCACAGAGAGAGCUGGAGAGUCAGGAGGAGCAGAUCAACCUGCAGCACACCCUCAUUCUAAACCAGUCACGUCUGUGGGAAACACAAAAACAACUUCAGCAGCUCCGCAGACAGACGGCUCACAUGGAAACACUGGCGGUACCCAUGAUGCUUGGCGGCAUACACCGGCCGCUCUCUCGUACGCAGUCGUCUCCUGCUUCCACCUCGCUGACGCUGCCAGACAAAGCCUUGCCUCUGACACCGGCAACAGAGCCGCCCCAGAGCCAACCCCGCUUCACCACGGGUCUGGUGUACGACUCCCAAAUGCUGAAGCACCAGUGCACGUGUGGAGAUAACAGCAGCCACCCGGAGCAUGCUGGGAGAAUCCAGAGCAUCUGGUCCCGCUUGCAGGAGAGAGGCCUCAGGGGCCAGUGUGAGAGUAUUCGAGGAAGGAAGGCUACCCUAGAAGAGUUACAGUCUGUCCACACGGAGCGUCACGUCCUGCUGUACGGCACCAAUCCACUCAACCGCCUCAAACUGGACAAUCGCAAACUGGCCGGCAUACUGUCACAGCGGAUGUUCGUCAUGCUGCCCUGUGGGGGAGUCGGGGUGGACAACGACACCAUCUGGAACGAGAUGCACACCUCCACAGCGUCUCGCAUGGCAGCCGGGAGCGUGACGGAGCUGGCCUUCAGAGUGGCUAAAGGAGAGCUCAAGAACGGCUUUGCUGUGGUAAGGCCACCAGGACAUCACGCAGACCCGUCAAACCCCAUGGGUUUUUGUUUCUUCAACUCUGUGGCGAUCGCUGCUAAGCAGCUCCAGCAGAAACUCAGUGCCAGUAAAAUCCUCAUCGUUGACUGGGACGUUCACCAUGGCAACGGCACCCAGGAAAUUUUCUACAAUGACCCCAGCGUUCUCUACAUCUCCCUCCAUCGCUACGACAAUGGAAACUUCUUCCCCGGAAGUGGUGGACCGGCAGAGGUGGGUUCUGGUGCUGGUGAGGGUUUCAACGUUAAUGUGGCGUUUACCGGUGGACUGGAUCCUCCCAUGGGCGAUGCAGAGUACCUGGCUGCCUUCAGGACGGUCGUGAUGCCCAUUGCUCAGGAGUUUUCCCCAGACGUAGUGUUGGUCUCUUCAGGGUUUGAUGCUGCAGAAGGACAUCCUGCUCCUUUAGGAGGAUACAAAGUCACUGCUAAAUGUUUUGGGAUUUUGACUCGGCAGCUGAUGACGUUAGCAGGAGGACGCGUGGUUCUAGCAUUAGAGGGAGGUCAUGACCUCACAGCCAUAUGCGAUGCUUCUGAGGCCUGUGUCAGUGCUCUGCUGGGGCUGGAGGAGCCUCUUCCUGAGUCGACUCUACUGCAGACGCCCAAUGCCAACGGAGUGCUUUCACUGCAGAGAGUUCUACAAAUACAGAGUCAGUAUUGGUCGUCCCUCAAACCGUUGGUGAGCACAGUGAGUAUGUCGUUUCUGGGUGCCCAGAGGAAAGACUGUGAGGAAACAGACACAGUGAAUGCGAUGGCGUCCCUCUCUGUGGGGGUCUUGACCAACAAAAGCCUUGCUGAUGAACCCAUGGAGCAUGACGAAGACUCCCUUUAAACCAGGUCUUUUUACUUGUCUGAAACUGUCCAUUACCAAAUGGCGCUCCACAUCAUGUGAACGAGCCGUGCCUCAGACCAGCAGUGCCUCAGGGGGGCGUGGCUUCCUCAUCAUGGCCCCUCCCCCAAGACACCACCUCAACACUGACCACCAGCACAGCGCGGCUAAGCUAGCAACCCGCAGCUACAGUUCAGCUGGGGCUCUGGGAUCCACAUCAUCGUCUCCUUUCAAGUACCACACAAACAAUCACACUAGAACGCAUGGGGCCGCUUUGUGCGUUAGUGUGUUUUUAACAUUCACUAAAAGGAUGCGCUCAAGAACUCGCAAAUAUUCACCUCUGGUGCCUCAAAAGAGACUAUUUACUUAAGCUGGAGAUGCGAAACCAGAUUUGUGGGAACGGUUGAGGAUUAUUUAACCUUUUUUAAAGGCAGCCCACUUUACUACCCCUGACAAGCGAACUAUUGAAGUGCUGAGAGAAAAUGAGGGGUUUCCUUGCACCUGGCAACCACAAAGUGGCUCCACUCUAUGAUGUCAUUACUAUUAACCAAUUUAACCACUAAAGAAGAAGAAGAAGAAGAAAUAACGAUCUCAACAACUGUGGGUUUUAUAAAUCUUAAUUUUUUUUUGCACUGUGCAUUCCAUAAUGUGAACCGUGAAAUUUUCCAAACCUCUGGGAAAAGAAAGAUCUAAUUCUGUAUCUAGUUUUAUGCUUAACAUUCUUUUUUUUAAAGUGAAGCAAAAAAACAGUUGCAUUCUUGUCAAGUUCAGUUACAUUCUACCUGCAUUCCCAGCAUGAAGGCUGUAAACUUGAAUACUUCAAGAUACUUCUUUGUACUGAUUUUGUGUAUCUGAUUUAAUGUUACGCCUCAUGUUUUUAAAGGCCAGAGGGACAAACCAGCUAUCAGCAAUUUUAUUGCACACACCCACCCAAAACACACACAUAUACAUCCAUAUUUCUGUGCACGCAAGCACACAUCGCAUCCAUAUGACCACUGUACUUUUAAUAUCGUACUUUUAAUAUCGUGGACACAGGAAGUGCUUACACUUUCCAUAGACUAACUAUAACGCAAAGUAGAUCAGUCUCUCUUUAGACCAAACUAAUAUGAAUAUGAUUUUUAUAUGUGUGUGCGUGUGUAUCUAUCAGUCAUAUAUUUUGUCUGUUCUGUAUUCACAAACAAACCUCAAUUGACCACAAGCAAAAACGCAAAACGACAUUUGAAUGCGCUCUUGAAGCCACUUUAAUUUUAAAAUUACAAUUUUCUGUAUUCUUCAUUAAUCUUUGUUGUUUUGGACAAGGGAAAUAACCAGCAUUUUAACCUGUGGAGGAGACGUUUCUAAAGUUGGUGUGCAUUUAAUGAUUUUCUUUCAUUGCUGUGCACUUAGAAAUUACUGAAUGUUUUUUUUUUUUUUUUUUUUUUUUUACGAGGGAUGCAUUGUUUUUGGAUGGCGUUCUGUUUUCCACAGCCUGCACAUAGAUGUCUAAUUCACACCAGUUGUGUGGAUGAACUUUAUAGUGAUAUUAAAUAUGUCUCUUAGCCGCUGGGAUUCACAUUUACGCCAUCUUCAAUGAACCGAAAUAAAUAUCACACCAACCUUUAACCGAAACGGACAGACCUCUUCAAAUACUGUGCCACUCAUCAGCACAUUCUGUUUCAAAAAACAUUUCACUUAUUUAGCCUUUCUAAACAAACGAUUGGCCAAAAUUUUGUUGGCUAUGUUCUGGUUGCGUAAUCCUGAUGGGUCAAACCGCCGAGAAUAAUGCGCUGGAAGUUAUCGUCCACAUGCUGUAUCAAUAUCUCAAAGUUAAAGUGUGCUGUCUGGAUGGUCGGGACAUUACAUUGGACUAGUAGCACAGUUCAUGGUGCUUGUUUGACUUUAGUGUUGUGCUUUUGGGUUGAUGAACGCCUGACGGCUCGGAUUUCAGCAUGACUUGGAUGACAAUGACCAAAUCUCAUCUUUUUGAGUCUGCACAACCCUUUACCUCUGUAUUUACAACCAAAUACAGCGUUAACAUGCUUUCUUGCAUUCACUACAAGAAACAAUCGUGACCUGACAAAUUGCUGUUAUUUUGAACAUGUGGAAUAAAAUAGAGGCAUUCCUAUACAGAUUUUCGUAAUGCUGCAGCUGUAAGUGCCCAGCACCUGCCCGACCAAUGAGUCUUUACUUCAUCCCUCUUUCUUUUGUACCAAACCACUGUGGAUAGUUAUGCAUUUGUAUGAUUCCAUGUAUAUAGUACCAUCCUCCCAUUUAUCGAUGUGUUGUGUUCAUAUGGCUGAGGUUUUCAUGAAGACCCUGGGUAGCCUUUGCCCAUCAGACCCCCAUGAAGACUGUUGUAAAAUAGAGCAGAUGCAGACGUUCACCCAUUAAUGAAGUCAUAGCUAAUCUCUCUGAACUAGCGGCGAUCUUGCUGCAUAUUUAUAGUACUUCAAACAGUGCACUUGCGUUUCACCAGCAACAAAACAUACCUGCUCACCUUCAACGAUUGAUAAAAAUCACCUUGGUUAAAGACUUAAUUCGACAGCACUUAGUGACAGUUUUGCCGGGCCUUUCAGACUGUGACUACAAACAGAUCUUGACAUUCCGUUGCAGUUUGGACACUGAUAUUCGUCUUAUAUGCAGUUAUAUUUUAGUGGUGUAUUUUUACAAUAGCUUUGUGCAUUUGUACUGUUUUGAUAUACCUCUCAAAGCGCUUGUAUUCUCUUGUCUCUCCGAACCCUUUAUGAAGUAAAAUGGAGAGCGUGUGCUGAUGUCUUCACUCCUGUAAAAGCAAACCAGUGCCGUCUUAAUUUCUCUGUCAUUUAUUCCUCUUCGCCUUGUUGUAUGGACAAUGUAAAUAGUUACCUACGACCAAAAGACUUCACUUAUGUGCCUUGAAGUACUUAACCUGUCGACCCCACUAACUGGAUCUGUUUAACAAAGAAUAACAGAAAUUAUGUUUUCGAAUAUUCCUGUACUUAACGAUUCCCCUGUUUAUUUCCGAUUUCUUUUGUUCCUCUGUGUAUAGAAAAGAAUGUCUAUUUUGUACUGUUUCUAUCUUCCUAAUUAAAAUGAAAAGCAUUUUUUGUUUGCCUGAA